CUGGGAAGCACGGGCAACUACGUCGGAUCACCGACGCCGUUCAACAGGCUAUUCAUUCCGGAUUGGCUUUGGCCCCGCUCUGGCAAGUUUGACGUGUUCGCGCACCACACGCGGCUGCACGUGGCCGAGACGCGCCGCGUGAUGCAAGAUCACGCUGCGUGGGUCACGAUCCUGCGCGAUCCCGUGGCACAGUUCGAGUCGGCCUUCGACUACUACCACUUCGCGAUUCCGCAACACUGGAAUAUGACGCUGAGACAAUUCAUCGCUCUGCCGCUGGAGAGGAAGCAGGCUCUGGCGAGGAUCGGCCAUGGGCGCUUCGGCGGCAGCCAGAUGGCCUUUGACCUCGGAUACGACCCAGCCAUCGUCAGCGAACCGCGCCUCGUGCAGGCCAUGCUCGACGACCUCGACAAGGCCUUCGACCUUGUGAUGAUAGCCGAGAUGAUGGACGAGUCGCUGGUGCUGCUGCGUCAGUUGAUGUGCUGGUCGACUGAUGACGUCAUCUACCUCACCAAGAACGCGCGCUUCGACGCGCUGCGAACCCCGAUGAGUCGCGCCGACCGGGCGGCGCUGGAGGAGUUCCUGGAGCUGGACAUGAUUCUGUACCGCCACUUCCGGCAGCGCCUGGCCCAGCAGAUCGCCGCCGUGCCAAUCGCGACGUUUCUGGCGCGCACGGAGGCGCUCGUGGCGCGCUGCCUGCACUACAAGCAGCGCUGCGUGGCCUCCGAGGCUAAGGGCAGCGAGCUGCAAGGGCAGCAGCACGAGAUCACCGACCGGGUCAAGGGCUACCAGCUGACAGACUCUUCCGACUGGAUGUGUUCCCGCCUCGGCAUGGCGGAGAUCGGGUACACGGACCUCCUCCGCGACGGCCAGCGCCAGCGGAUGGCCAUCUGGCGCCGGGUGUACGGUCUCCUGGGCAUGGACGUUGGCGCGCCUCAGCAGCCGGAGGAGAGGACAUAGUGGCAGGCGCGGGCGUGUGCGGGGCACGGCUGUGCGCUGGAAGGAAAGGGCGUGGAGAGUCAGAUCAGCUGAUUGGCGUGACGCUUAUUGGGAUGUGGGGGUGCCUGCUGUUUAGGUGAUGUGGCACAGGAGCUGUGAUGCUUUUGUUUUUGUUUUGAAGCACUGACGUAUGGAGCGGUUUCCUAUGUUGCGUUUGGCUUGUUUUACAUGGGUGUCAGUUGAUAGCUGAUGACUUAUGAAUUGUGGUUUUGUUAGACAUGAAGUGCUAUUUUGCGAUACGUCGCCGAAAUCAUGGGAUAUGCAUGAUCGCAUUAUUGCGAAACUGCAGCCUACGGUUAUCUUCUCGGAAUCUGAAAUGAAGUCAGGCAGAGCAUCAGGUCACAUAAGCGUAGUUUUGUUCCCCGCAUGGCCUCCAGGGGCUCACUGUCCUGCUUCAAAGGUGUGCGGCAGUUCGGCCGAAGCAGUUAUCUUUCGCGCGGACAUUUCUGAUGUCCCUCGUUGACCAACGAAAUACGAGGCUAGUCUGGUGUCAGCGUGCAGUUGGACCUGACCUGAUUUUGCAUUACUUCACCUGUCACCGAGACUGCAGACCCCACGAAACGGGAGCGAUUCGAGCUCCUUCAUAGUCAAUGCCUCACGGAUGUCUUGCCAAUGCUGGAAGCCUUCGGGGACAGUGUGCGGUUCGUGCUUGGCACCAGCUGCUCAUGAAAAUACACCCUGUA